AUGCAUAAGAUAUUACUCACUAAUACAAAUGAAAUUAUUUAUCCUAUAUGGAAUACUAUUGCGGGUGGUGAUAGCAGUGUAGCUACACCAGGUGAUAAUGUUGGUAAUUAUUAUCGUGAUGAGAAACCUGAAUAUGCACUUGAUCAGAAAACUAGCACUAAGUACACUAACUUUGGGAAUUGUAGUUCGAAUUUCUUUUCACCUACAUGCGGUACAAACACCGGUUUUUAUGUAACACUUGCGCGAGGUGCAUCAUUACUCUUAGCUAUCCAAUUUUGUGCAGCACCAGAUAUUCCGUUACGUGAUCCAAUCACCAUAACUGUAGAAGGAAGCAAUGAAACCUCUUCGGCACUGAAUCUUGGCUCAAGUUGGACUCUGAUCUAUAGUGGCUCAAGCGGACUUGAUACUGAUCUAGGACGAUAUAACUGUGGUAUAUUAGAAAGCAUAUCAAACAAUGGCAUCUGGUACAACAGCUAUCGUCUUCUUGUCACUUCGAUACGAGGCUCUGCUACUAGUACUCAAUAUAGUGAAGUACGAUUGUUUGGAUAUUAA